GUGAGUGAUCUGGGCGCGCGCUCAGGAGGCUGUCCGGCUCCUCCUCGGGUGACCACCGCGUCUCACUAAGGCGUCACGCGCGCAAACUAGCGGUGCGCGGGAGCGCUCGAACCCCGGGCCGCGGCGCGCGACAGCUCCACGCGGCCGACGACGACGAAGUGCAAUGCAAAGAAAGAAAAGGAGAGAGAAGAAAAGUAACGACAUCGGGCGGCGGCGGAUUCGCGGUGGGUGAAAUGAGAGCAGUUUUACCGUGAUCGCGAGCGCGAGGAGCGCCCCGGCAGCCGACAUGCCUUUCUGCAAGAGAUCCAUCGCCCCCAGGGACGUGUGUAAGGAGGACGCGGCGCGCUCCCGCUUCGGCUUCGGGGACCUGCGGGACGUGUGCGCGUUCACGCUGCGAUCGCUGCUGCUCCAGCUGGCCGACGUGUCGCGACAGUCGCUGAGCAUCGUGGAGGAGCUCGAGGCAGAGCUGCUGUCGGUGCACGCGCGCGCCGCCGCGCUGCAGGGCAAAGUGAGCAGCCUGCAGAGACACAUGUCGGUGGUGGGCAGCAGACCCCCUGCGAAGACCACCACCAACUUGGACGCGGAGAGCAAGCGAGCGGCCCACUUCCGAUCGUCAUGGCAACAGCAUGUGAAUGUGUUCGGCUCGUGGAGCAGGCCGGAGUGCGUGCAGCAGCUGCACCAGGAGGCAGAACUCAACCUCCAGAGCCUGCUGCAAGACUUUGAGGAGCAUCUCUACGAGCACAAAAUCACUGGUCAGACGUUCAAGCAUCCCUCAUCGCUGAGCUCAGAGGACACCUCCCUUAGCGAGCCCUCCGGCGCAGCCAGCCAGAAGCCAGACUUCAUCUUCCUUCCGACCCCCAGCCAAGUGUGUGAAAGUAGGACCUCUCCGGUGGGGAUCUGGCCUCAGGAUCCUGCUAUCGGCCCACCGGUCGCUGAGAAACCGCGUUGGCACCUGGGCAGCCAGGACCCCGUCCGUCUGAAACCUGUGGAUACCACAGGUGAUGGGUCGCUGCUGCCUGUUGACCUGAUUCAAGGAGUUUGUGCUUCAGAAGCCUCCCACCAUAGGCUGCUCACGCCAUCUCCCGAGUCCCAGAGUCCUCACCUGGCCCUGAGGAAGACCCACAGCGAUUUCGAGCACAGUCUGCUGCAUUCUCCCAGCACACCCCCUGUCACUAUGGAACACGCAGGCCUCAUGUGCGGCAGCCCUUCUUGGAAUGGGCCCAAGGGCUCCACCUUCUCCCCUUCCUGGAAUGACUCUAUGGACUACAUGCUGGCUCCCAGCCCAACUGCUAAGCCUCCCAACUCACAGCACCAAGCUGACAUUCUCCUGGGCCCCUCCCAGGGCAUGUCGGGUCUUUCAAUCAGUUCGGGCUCACACAGUAGCUCCUUCACAUCCAUCUCAAUGGAACCACCAGCACGGGUCCUGGUCACCACCAGCACUACGGUGGGCAGGCGAGCAGAGACGGAAGGGGCCACCACGAGCCCAGGUGAACGGGACCGGAGAGCCAUGCGGCCCGGCGCCCUCAGAUUCCGUGAGCGCUCCCUGUCCACUCCAACGGAUUCUGGUUCCUUCUGCUCAACUGACAAUGUUUGCUGUGCUGAGCCCCACCACGCUGGGGCCGAGGGCUAUGCCCUGAUGUACCCCAGUGGCAGCUCUGAGGACAGUGCCAGCACUGACAAUGUGCCGCUAGCAGUGACGGACUUCUUCCCUGACGGACGACCACGUGCAAGAUCCCGCAGCAUCUCGUUGAAGAAGCCUAAGAAGAAGCCACCGCCACCGGUGCGCAGUGUGUCUCUGGUGAAGAGCCUGGGAGGUGGCAGCAGCCCACUCUCCGAAGGCCCUGUCAGGGAGAACCGUCCCAGGAGCCUCUUCCUCCCCAGAGAGCACCUGCAAGACACCUACCUGCCAGACUUCCUGCUUGGCUCUAGGCAGUUGCAGGAGGAGCCUGAGUUGCCUUUGUCCAUUGGGGAGACAGCCACAGGAAGCCAGGUUCCAGACCGGGAGCUGGAGCUGUCCUUCCCCAGUCACUGGCAGCUCAAUGAGUGGCAGUCCAGCGACCCGUACAGGUCACUUUCAAGUUCCAGCACAGCCACAGGCACAACAGUCAUCGAAUGCCUGAAAGCACGAGGUAGCUCAGAAUCCCUCGACUCCCCUGGUACCUCCCGUGCCACCUCGCCUUCACAGUUCUCAGUUGAAGCAGAGGCCAAAAUUUCCCCUUUCAAGCCCCACGGGCUCAUGUCCCCCUCCAGUGGCUAUUCCAGUCAGUCUGAGACACCCACACCAACGAUACCUGCUACCCACGUCACAGGACCAUCCCCGUUAGCCUGCAAGAUACGGCCAAAAAUUCCAGAGAGGAAGUCGUCCCUACCAGCAACCUCCCCUAUGGAGAGGCCCCCGAGGUCACGGUUGUCUUUCGAGCUGCCUUUGGCAUCUGCAUCUGACUUUUCUUACAUCAAGCCCAAGCCUAAGGCUAGCCGUCGACACUCUGACACAUCCACCGCAACCCGGCCAGGACAGAAGACGAGCUCCAACCAAUCAGCACUGCCAAUGGUGACCCAGACUGACCUGAGGAAUGUGCGCCUCCGCUCCAUUGGCCGCUCGGAGAUUGACGACGGCCCCGAAGGAUCUUCAGACAUCAUCGAAGAGGAGCAAUGCAGGGAUGAUGACAGCCCGCCCAUUACACCCAAUGCAAAACCCAAGCCUCCUGUGGCAAUGAAGCCCCCUCUUCCUAAACGACCGCUCAACUUGAUGCUGGAGUCACCCUCUUCCUCUUCGCUGGGCCCGGAGUCCCCACCCAUCUCGCCCAAGGAGUGGCGGAUGCCUGUGGGAAACAUCUACAUGGUAGUGAGGAAGCCCAAGCCUAAGAAGGCACCACAGGCUACUGCAAGCACUGGGCCUCCUCCAGAAGUCAUGCUACAACAGGAAGCACCAGAUACCCAGCGAGGGGUCAGCCAUAGUGAGCUUCCAUCCCCCUGCACCCCGGAGAAAGAUCACAUGACUGGGACCUUGACUAGUAGCAUUACGGUGUCCUGUCUGGCAGAGCUGGACCGCAAGCGAACUAAGGUCCCUCCGCCGGUUCCCAAGAAACCCACUGUCCUUCUGCUGCCCUCGGCUGCCGUCCACUCCAAUGGGGCUCCAGAAACUGACCUUCAUUCCCCGGAUGGGGAGCCGCCACCUGAGGAAGGUCUGAGUGAGGAGAACAGCCAAGUCCAGACAGAGGAAAUUAGGGCCCGGGACCCAGAAGUGAUUCCAUCUUCUUCAGAGACUGCUACAGGAUGUCCAGUGGAGGAAAGUGCCGAGGAGAGCGGCGGUCUCCCGGAGAUAGAGGCCCUGCAUAUCUCGGAGGAGCCCGGGGAAGGCAUGUUCGGCCUCACGUCCACGCCCCACACAACGGAAGACCUGUUCACCAUCAUCCACAGGUCCAAGCGGAAAGUUCUCGGCCGCAGGGAACCAUCAGCCACCUUCGGUAGUCGGCCGAGUCUGGUGUCCCCAGUGCGCAGCGAUCCGCGGGCCUACACCUUGGGGGCCACGCCGCGGUCCAGCUCACGCAAUCAGAACUUCAUGGCCCUUCUGCAGAAGAAGAGUAGCAAGCCAAGCCCUGGCGGGAGGGUGUCCGCCAUGGAGCUUCUGAAGAGCACUAACCCGCUGGCCCGCCGGGUCACCGAGUUCUCCCAGCCUGAGCCCGAACUGAUGGACAGCUCCAGAGCCCCCCAGGGCCAGUGACCGGCCAGCCCCCUCAGGGGAGUGGGGGAGGGAAUGGGGGGGGGGUCCCACGUUAACAUGUCGCAUCUGUACGGCUUUUAUUUGCAGAGAUCUCACCUCAACAAAACGCUGCAAAAGGCGUUCUGCGGACUCUGAUGUGGACAAGGCCACAAUAAUCCGUUCUUUGCUGUUUAAGUCACGGUGGCUCUUUACAGGAGAGGUGGGAUGUGGAGCUGGCAGAGGGGCUCUGUGCGGACCACCUGAACAGGAGCAUAACAACCAAACUGGAAAAAUCAUCAUGGGCUUAAUAACUCCGGGAAGAAAAACGUGGCAUGGGACCACAGCGCUGGAGCAACAGUAUCUGUGUAACUUGAAUGGGUGGAGCCAGACACACACACACACAUACACACACACACACACACACACACACAUAUACACACACACCACAGCUGAACCCAAACAAGAAAAUUGGCAUAAUGGUUUCUGGGAAUACUGCUACCAUGCUGGAACGAUGACAUCAGCGUAACAUUGUUGGACACGGAUACAAGAAAAAGAUGUGGGGAAGUUCUCCUACGUCUUGACAGUGUAGCGAGACGAAAGUAUCGAAGCCUUCUGGAGACAGAGCACAGGUUCCAUGUCAAGGUCUUCAGGAAGACAAAAUUCUCAAGAGGAAAUAAUCAAAAACAUUCCACAAAGGCUUGUGCACAGGUCCUGCUACCCAUCAUUUUUGGAAAAAAAAGCACUUUUCAUCAACAUAAAUUUUUCUAUAACCUUUUUUUUCAAAUUAUUUUACGUAACCUGUAUAUAGCUAUACAUAUAUAUGGAGACAUACCUGAAGAGCUCUUUGUUGGACUUAGAUUUUUAGAAGAUGUAAAUGUACACAUGUGGCCAGGCCGGCUAAAAACUGCCGCUCAUCCUCGGGAUGAAGGACGCUAGAGCUGUCCAAGCAGAUGAUCUUUGAAGGUAUCGUAAAGUCCCAUACGGCCCGGAGGGACACGCAACAUACGGCGCUUGGAUGUAUGUUCACUAACGGAGACACGUAAAGCGGGCGGCCGAGCUUCGGAGGGAAAGCGGAGCAGACCUAAGAGAGAGGUCAGGUCACCAUGUGGGGAGGGCGGACGCAGGAUAGACGCCACCGGUGUGGUCACAUGACCGUGACCGUCCGGCGUCGCUGUGCACUCAGGUGCGUUUCUUUACACUCAGGAAACCCUUCUCGGUGCGCGCGCUCGCGUGUGCACAUGCCAACGCACGCUGCGCACGCGCCAGCCAGAACACAAGGCGUGAGGCCGAAGGACGAGGUUCAUCCUCGGGGUGUCAAGGUGACCUUGGCUGACCUUGGCUUGUUUUCUCUUCGCGUUGGUGCUCCGUGGAGGUGUGAGACACUGCCAAAGCACCGCCCACGCCGGACCCACUCUCCUCCCGAAGGACUGCACCACACCGCAGAGCUGGGCGGCCGAAGGCCAGUGAGCAAGAUAACAGAGAUGGCGCGCAGAGACAACUCGCCACGGACACAGUUACAGCCCAGAAUGCUUUUCUCUAACUAGGUUAUUGAACGUAAUGCAAUCGCGAGGUGGGAAUGGGAAGGGCUGGGGGCUCCAUACAGAGAAGGGAACUGGAAAAGUGUUCUGGAGAUACCCUAAAGGGCUCAGUCUGCCCUGGACAUGGUCGUAAGCUCCACAGGUGGGCUCUGCUGUGGUCCUGGACCUGAUCCUCUGCGCCCCAGCUCAGUCAGAUAGCCACCAGAGCUCAGGGGCCGCGGUCCGUGAGCGCAGCCACACCUCGACGCCCACGGGCCCACGGCCAGCUGGACUUUCCCACUGCGGUGCUGGGAUCCUGUACACAUCAGUUUUCUGCUGUUCUUUCCAUAUUAUCGACCUUUCAGGUAAUCCAACAACUUAUAAAGACGACAAAAAAAAAAAAAACACAAAAUACUGAAAAAAAAAACAGUGAGUGACGCUUGUUUUAAAUAUUUAGUGAAUGAAACAUGAAACAAAAAAAAAUAGAAGAUCAGUGUUUGUUUGCCUUGUUCUCUGGCGUUGAGCCUCUGUGUUUUUAACACCUAGGUAUUGCACUUCCAUUAGGAGUAUCAUGGUUAUGAUAUCCGUCACACUCGUUAAUACCCCUGAGUUUCUCACGCUGCCCUUCGGACAGUAAAAUUGGUUGCGAGGUUGUGCAGUUGACCCCAAAGAGCGGUUCGGCCUCGUUUGCGAACCCUCAGGCUGCGCGCUGCGUAUCGAUGUUGGAUGUCGAGGGGUGGCGUCCUGCACGGUAAACCCGACGAGAUGCCCCAACUGCACACCUGAGAAAACGAUACCUGUGAGUGCCAACAAGUUACGGGUGCUCAAUUGCCUGGGGGGGGGGCUUUGCAGCCACCAAGCCCCUCCCCCACCCCCUCCUACACUUCCCUCCUCGGGGGCUGCUCACGGGGGCUAGCUUUUAAAGCUUUUUAAAAUCCCCGCGGGGGAAGCAUAAAGUCUGGAAAACAGGCCGAACAAACCUGCGGGAUGGGGGUGGGGGACGGAGGAAGGUGAAAAGACACAGAAUGACACUGACAGCUACAAUUCAGUCAAUGACGCCGCGACCUUUUUGGUUGUCCUGGCUGUCAACAAACCGAAAACCAGGAAGAUAUUAUUAUAUGCUAUAUGAAGUAUAAUUCUGCAUAUGGGAUGGAAAUGAAACUGCAACUGAACUGAUUGAGUAAAAUGGUAAUGAUGUAAGUGGAGGUUUAUUACUCCAGCACCGAGAGUGUGCUUAGCCCGAAGGAUUGCCGGAACCAAAAAAAAAGCUUUUAAAAGACUCCCUCGUGGUGGCAAGCCACGCAGGCUCGUAGACAAUAAACUGGGAAUUAUAUUUUUGUUAUUUCUCAUUGUAAGGACAUAUUUAAAAUAUUCAGAAUAUUAAUCGCAGUCUCCAGCAGUAUGAAAUGUAGCUGUGAGUCUGUCAAGCAGCUAAGUC